AUGGCGCGGAAGCGGUCCAAUUCGGUCAAGGAAGCUUUGCGACAGCUUGAGCCGACGUCCUAUAGCACUGAGCGCCGCAAUGGGCCGACGGGAGCCCAACAGCCGGCCUCCGCCGUCGCAUCGCCAUUCAUACGAUGGCUCGUACAGCCCACGGAGAGCGUCAAGCUCAUUGCUCUGAUAUCUGGAGCUUGGGCUGCGAUCGAAUACACUCGACCGGCCAAGCUCAUCAACCCCUUGUCGCCACUUCUCUUCAUCUCGUAUCCGCUCGUACCCGCAUUGAAUGAAAACACGCCGCGAUUCGACAAAGGUCCUCUCGAUCUCGCAUUUGUACUCUUCUACAUUGUAGUGUUGUCCUUUAUGCGUGAGGCGACGACCAGGUUCAUCGUACGGCCCAUCGCCCGCCGCCUCGGGCUCAGCUCGGAAGCGAAGCUUCAAAGAUUCAUGGAGCAAGCCUAUGCGAUUGUCUACUUUUCUGCGUCCGGGUCAUUCGGUUUGGUACGUCCGGGCAUUCAUUAUCUCAAAUUUGUGCUGUUGCCCAGAACCGAGACUUGGCGUGGCCCGAGUACGAAGCUCUCGAUCAAUGGACAGAUCCGAUCUGCGAUUAGAUUUGCAACUAACAAAUCUCUUUCCUCGUCCCAGUGGGUCAUGUCACAUCAGAAGUCGUGGUGGUACAACACGAAGCACCUUUGGCUUGAGUAUCCUCACUGGUAGGCCCACAACGACUCUCGCAUGCUUUUGUACCGGUGGGUCAAUCAUUGAUGGCUUGAUGUGGCAUCCUGUCUGGUCAGGCGGAUGGAAGGCCGGCUCAAGAGUUAUUACUUGUUGCAGCUGUAAGUCACUAUGAGCUCUCAUUUCUUUCAGUACCGAAAAGCGGUUUUUGCCGACUGUUUCUCACUUCCAAUCCAGGGCUUAUUGGUGUCAACAAAUGCUUGUCUUGAUCCUUGGGUGAGUGCGCAAAGCACCCUUGUUUCUGCAUGAAUCUGAUCGACCCUGCAUUACUUUACAGCCUCGAGAAGCCUCGAUCGGACUUCAAGGAGCUUGUGAUACACCAUGUGGUUACACUUUGGCUUGUGGGUUGGAGCUGUGAGCCUUGUCUUCCUGCCUUCCGACACACUUCGAACCGCUUAUCCGUCUCGAGGGCGUCACAUGCAGACUUCCUCAACCUCACCAUGAUCGGGACAGCUAUCUUCGUCUCCAUGGAUUUGCCGGAUAUCUGUCUUGCGGUAUGUGCUGAAGGAACUGAGACUCGAGUCCAAAGCACUGACGCGGAAGCAUCUGAAAUAACACGGGCAGCUGUCCAAGUGUCUCAACUAUCUCAAUCUUCAGCGAACAUCAGAAUGCAGCUUCGUGUUGUUUCUAUGCGUUUGGAAGUAAGUCUUCGAAUCCCCUCUUAUGAUGCGCUCUCAGCAAGCCAGCAAGCAUGCGACCCAGCAUUUGUUGACGUGCCUCUGCUCCUUUUUCGACAUUCUGAUCAGCUAUAUGCGGCAUUAUCUCAACAUACGCAUACUCUUUUCCGUUUGGAAUGAGUUCGAUUUGAUACCGCAUGAAUACCGAAGCUGGACUGCCGCGGCAGACCAUCCCAGCGGCUGGUGGCUGCUCUACGGCCGGCAGACUCUGGUCUUGCCUCCUUGGUUGAAGUAAUUGCAACUGCUUCCUCCAACGUAUCUCACGCGCGCUCACCGAGGAGAGCUGACACCGUUCGACACAACCUUCGUCCGAACAUACGCACAGAUAUCAAAUAUUCGCUCCCAUCAUGGCUUUGCAGCUCGUCAACACAUUCUGGUCCUUCUUGAUUUGGAGGUGAGACGACACUAAACCGUCCGUCGUGCCGUCGCCUCCGCUGAUAAAGAUAAAUGUUCCGCGGCAGAAUUCUCUGGAGAAUGAUCGCGGGUAUUCCCGCAGUCGACACACGCGAGGACGGAGAAGCAAGCGACGAUGGGCGACAAUUGAUUGACAGGUCCGCUACUGCCGUCCCGAGGAAGACAAUCAAGAAAUCGCAGUAA